AUGGGGCUCAGCCACGUGUCCCUCCCGCUUCACCCGGUCCCCUUGGCCCUGGCUGGCAGCCGGUCACGCCGUCCCCGGCACAGCCCCGCUGCUCGCCCAGCCCCAGGGCAGGGCUUUCCUCUGCCAACGCGCCGAGCGCUGGGGCCACCAGCCAGGGCUCCCGCUGCCCCCAUGGUGUCCCCCGAGGGGUUGGUGGCUGUGGCGCUUGCUGGCCUGAGCCUCCUGGCUUGGUGCCUUUGGACAAGGAGGGCGGAGGUGCCUGGAGAUGGGGACGAGGAGGAAGAGGAGGGGAUCCCCUUCAUCAUCGCCGAGGAUGGCUCGUGGCGCUGCCGGCUGUUGUGCAAGCCCUCGGCGCUGGCCCAGCACCUGGUGCGGAGCUUGGGGCGAUCGGCGGCGCUGCGGGGGGAUCGCUGGUGGUGGCCGCGUUGGCCGCGGCUCCAGCUGCUGUGGCAGCUCCUGCAGGCGCCCACGCCGCAGCCAGCGGUGGCGCGGGAGCUCCUGCAGCUGUCCGACACCGGGUUGGUGGCCCUGGACUGGCUGGUGGGGCCGUGGGGGGCUGCGGGCGGUGCUGGGGGGCUCAGCCCCGUUCUGCUGCUCAUCCCCAACGCCGCGGGGAUGGUGACGGCGGGGCUGCUGCAGCUGGGGCUGCGGGCGCUGGAGAGGGGCUUCAUCCCCGUCAUCUUCAACCGCCGGGGUCACAACGGCUGCCCCCUCACCACCCCUCGGCUCCAGCCCUUCGGGGACCCUGGGGACCUGCGGGAGGCAGUGACCUAUCUGCGCUGCCGGCACCCCUGCGCCCCGCUGCUGGCCGUCAGCGAGGGCUCGGGCUCGGGGCUGCUGCUCGCCUACCUGGGCGAGAGCGGCUCCUCCAGCCGCUUGGCCGCCGCCGCCUGCCUCUCGCCCAUCUUCAGCGGCCAGGAGUGGUUCGAGGCUGGCAUGCCCUGGCUCUACGAGUGGCCGUUGCUCCUGCACCUCAAGAAGGGGCUCAGCAGGUACGCCGUGUCCCUGGCCGAGGCGGUGGACGUGGACGGGCUGCUGGGCAGCCGCUCGCUGCGAGAGCUGGAAGAAGCCCUCUUCUGCCGGACCAAGAGCCACCCCACCAGCUGGGAGACCUACUGGGAACGCAACGAGCCCUUGCGUGACGCAGACGAGGCGGCCGUGCCAGUGCUGUGCCUCUGCAGCGCCGACGACCCCGUGCGCGGCCCCGCUGCCCGCAGCCUCCCCUUGGAGCUCUUCCGCAGCAGCCCCUAUUUCUUCUUGCUGCUGACCCCGCGCGGGGGGCACUGCGGCUUCCCCCGGCGCGAUGCGGGGCGCUGCUGGGGCCAUGAGGCCGUGCUGGAGUUCUUUGGGGCCAUGGGCGAGUUCCUGGGGGCAGAGGAGCUGAGGAAGGGGACACCGCGACCCCGUAGCAUUGGGGGUCCCAAGGGCGAGCCCCCCACCUUCGCCUGGCAGCGGUCCUACACGCGGUAGCCCCCGCGCGGACAGAGGCAGGCAGACACUCCGUGUACUAAAAUUACUUUAUUACAGUUGAUUUUUGUUUUUGUUUUGUUUUUUUUUUGUUUGUUUUUGUUUUUUGUUUUUUUUUAACAUUUCCUUUGCUAUGAUACAAAGGAUACUUACAAACAAAAUAUUACAUAUGACCUUAUUUUUUUUUUUUCUCUUCUCUUAUUUUCUGACAACUUGGUAACAGCUUUAAAUGCACAAUCUAUACAAUUAAUACAGGUUAUAUAUGAGCUAUACUGUAUGUUGAACCAGAAGAAUACCAGAAUACUGACAAUAUACUGUACAUUUAGCCUUACCAGUUAGUGCUCGUGGCAUUUUCUACAAGAAGGAAAACGCACACCUGUAGAUUCACUCAUACCAGCUGGUGCUACCAGACACGGAAGCAGGAAGGAGUUGAAUUCUCCUAAGUUAAAUCCUUCGUGGCCCAUCACCGUGGUGCUGGGCCUGGAAACCUCAGACCAGUGUUCAUAGUAAAACAGCAGAUAUGUGUGUGUUUUUUUUUUUUUCUCUAAGCUCUGCGGCACAAAACGGCGCGGCCGGGCUUUGCCUUUCCCCGGUACCGCGGCAGCCGGGCUUUGCCAUACCUGGGUGAUGCCGCAGAGCAGAAGGCCACGGCGCUGGGGCCGGGCGCUGGGUGAGCUCUUGUUGGUGAGCUGGACCUCCUUAUGGAGGGGGGGAAGAGGAGGAGGAGGAGGAGAGGAAAAGCAGCAAUAGCUUCGCUGUCAGCAUUAGGCAGCGCUCGGGUUUGUGGACGCGGGCGCCGAGCGGGGAAGAGCAAGCCCACGGCGCGUCGCUCCCUGGCACGGCUUGGCUGACCCGCGGGGCUCGGCCGUUGGCUGCAGACGGAGCUCGUGCCCGGCCAAAGCCCACCAGCGGGGCUGGGAGCUGCCUCGCGGUUACCUGCUCGCCAGGAAAGGUUUGCUUUUGUUUCACAGCCAAAGCUAGAGUUGUGUGGCUACAGGUGUGCACUUCCCCUCCUCCCGCCGCGGUCUGCGUUGGACUGAUAAGGUUACAUUUUUGUUUUAUGUUAUUUCUUUAAAGCAACCAGCAAAUGAAGCGUUUUUUUUUUUUUGUUUUAGUCGACUGGCAAAAGACCUGGCAUUUGCACAGAAGCUGCAAACGGAAAAUAGCCAUCCCCUCCUCCCACCCGCUGCAUCCCAGCCCAGAAAAUCCCAAACUGUCGGCAGAAGAAACAAAAAAAAAAACAAACACCAGGAGCGGAAGGGGAAGGGGGAACAGGUUGGAAAAUACCAGGUUUGAGUUUACAUUGCCUUGACUUCACACAAUGCUUGUGCAAAAAGAAACAAAAGGAAUUCCCCCCCCCCCAAUACCCCCCAAAGAAACAAAAACCAAACCCAGAAACAUGCUGGAAAUAAUGAAAACAAAUGGAAAGUAAUAUAUAAAAUUAAAAAUAUAAAUAGGAUGUCUGGCUGACUGGUAGAAGAAUAGGUCAUUUAGGUUACAAAAAGGAAUAUACAUUCAAGAGGCUCUGAACCCAGUGGGGUAACUGAUGUUAAACUUGUGUUAAUAGUUAGGCUAGAAUUCUCAAGUUUGUCUUUAAAAUCUUCACAAUACAAGCAAGCUAUUUUUAAAAAAUAUACACUAUACACACCUCACACAGCUUCUCCUAUCCGUAUUACACACGUUACGCUACCCUCCCAUCCACUAUCCCAAGGGUUCCCCCCGCUAAGGCCCGCAGGGUGGUUCCCGAACCCCUUCCCGAGCGCUGCCUCGAGGUGUCAGAGCAGCAGCGAGGGCUGCGGAGCCCCAGGCAGGUCGCUUGGCCCUCCACGUCUCACCACGACCUUCUCAAGCAUUUACAAGUCACCAAAGGGCUGUAGCCUUUUAUGUUAUACACACUUCACUUUGUAACGUUAAUUAUUUACAGCAGGGCUGCCCCCCCAUAUUUAAGCUGUUUCUAGGCAGGGAAAAAAAAUGUUCCUGUUCCAAGCAAGCAGGGGGAAGAGCUGCGGGGGGGGUUAGGAGGGAAGAAAAGCUGAAGAAGGGAAGGGGGUGGCUUGCUUGCCAGAAGCCAAACCCGUACACACGCACACGUAUGCCUCUCCUUCUCUGAUCCUCGAAUCCUUACAAGCUCCUGUCGCCUACAACCUCCAGGAGAACCCGACCUGGCAAGCACGGUCUCACCAACGCUCAAACUCCUCUGCUUGCAGCUUCCCAGGACACUCAGCAAACCUAUUCUCGACUUGCAGACUUGCCUCUGCCACAAGACAAGGAGCACAGGUCCGUCCUUCACUCCUAGAGGUGCAGUCCACCCCAUCACGGCAGCUCUGGCAGCACAAGCCAAGCCGGGGCAGGGACACCGAGAUCCACGCAAGCCACCGCAUCGCACCUGCAAACUCGCCUUUCGCAGCUGCCACCGGGCUCUGCCGGAGCCGUGCGAGAGCAGCGGCGCCGUACUUGGGCUCAUUAUCAACCCUGUGCUGAUUUCUAAACUCCGCGGUGCUCAGAGUUGCCAUAGAAAUGUGAGAUCCUGGCACUAAAAGCAGGCGACGAUCUUAAAUAAAAGUAGUUGGUUGUUUUUUUUUUCCUCCAGUAGGUUUAGAUGAUGUCAGGUUUAAGACAAAAGCAGAAGGGGAAAAAAACAGAUAAUUUCUAGAGAGGUUGAAAAACGUAGUCGUAAGCCGGUAUUAAACUGCAGCAAAGAACCCGAAUGAGGUUCCCGUCGAGUUCAGCCCCAGAGAAAGCUCAAAGCCACUGCUCCAUCCCUCGCACUGCCCAUCACACGACACUGAAGGGAAGAUUACACACAGGGAUCAUGGAAAACCCAGCUGGAAGCCCCCGGUGAGCGGCUGCCGGCCUCCCCAGCCCUCCUGCCCCAUCGGCUGCGCCGCCCCAGCGCGCAAUAUUUAAGCACAAUUCCUUACAGCAUCACUCGGACAAGUCUCGGGGACUGGAUGCAUGCUGAACUACGACUGGCAAUUACAGUAGCUUCUUGCUAGCUGGCACGUACUGUACCUAUAAAUUUUAGUACAAAAACUUAAAAAAUACAGAAACUAGGUCAAUUUGUUACCUACAUAUUUACAGAUAAUUACAAUUCUUCUCACUCACAAUAAUUAAAGUAAUUGUCAGUGAAAAAUCAGACUGUGCAUGUUCUGAGGUACCCGUACUCAGGGGUGGGGAGCGGGGCAGGGGACCAGAGGGGCGAGGGUGGGGGAAGAUCCCCUCCCCGGGUUUGUUCACAUCUGUGGGGGCAACGCUCGCCCCUCCUGGUUCCUGGACUCAGUGUGUGCACUCGGAGAAAGCAAGGAGAGAGGGAAUCAAUGUUAGGGUUUCUUUUCCUAGGACACGGCUUUAGGGUGUUUCGAGGACGCCAGAUGGGUGCAAAGCCAAUGGUCACAUCCCAAACUGCCUUCCUCCCCCCCGAGAGAAGCCUUCAGGCGAAGUGCAAGUAUUGAGACCCACAGCUUGGCGGUUUAAGGUGCUCGUUUGCUGGCAAAUCCGAUUUACUAAGUCACUCUCCAGCUGACAAAGGCCUUUUCCCUCCCCAGCAAAGCCUGGGCUGAGGGGCAGGGCAGGGCUGCAGCAGGCAGCGUCACGGCCCCAGCUGGCUGAACAUCAUUAUGCAACAGGAACAGAGUUAUCUGCUGCCAUUAUUCCCUCGUGGGGUGAUGUUUACUAUGACCACGAGACUCAUCAGCUUUGUUUUUUGGCUGUAAACAGCUCCCCACAACCCUCUAAAGCACCUCAUAUUUCUCAACAGACUCCAGGUCAACCGACUUGUAAAAGUGCAAACCGAAACAAAACACAGCAGAGGGACACCUACAUCCCUGUCUGGGCAUCCACCACUUCUUCAGCCUUGGCACAGGGCUCCAUGCUUGCCGCCAGUUGGCACCGCAGUGGGCGAGGCCCACAGGUACGAGCACAGCUAAAGACAACACCUCAUGAAAUGCUAAGGAUGUCCCAACCAAACCUGAGCCUCACCUAAAAAGCUCGCCGAAGACCUUCUAAAACGGACAGGGGAAAUUGC